GAUGUGUGUGUGUGUGUGUGUGUGUGCGUGGAAUAGAGAGAGAGGAUGACAGCAGAUGUGCUUGUUGCCGCGGCACCAAAGCACGACAGCACAAGAACGUAAAAGAAGACCUAUCCAUCUUUACCUUUUCUUCAUCAAACACCCCGCUCUUCAUUUGGAAACUUCUUCCUCCUCAUCAUCUUCAUCCUCCUCCUCCUCCUCUUCCUGUUGGUGGAGCAUCAGAAGCAGCAGAGGUAAGAGAAUAACCAAACAUGGGCGCUGAGCCGCCACUGCUUGGCCCAAUGAGAGUGGGAACGGCAACAGGAAGUAAGGACGAGUGAGGGAGGAAGAGGGCGGCGGCGGUGGCGACGUGGAGCUGCAGAUGAGGCCGAGAAACACUUAGAGGAGGAGGAGGAGAUUGUGUUGAGCUUGCAACUUCACCAGCAUCAUCACAAUUUAAUAAGGCUGCGGCGUGCCAACACACACACAUACACACGCAUUCAUUUGGAUUCAAACAGCGAAGUUUAUGUUGUUCCUUACCUGAGUAUCAUCUUGACUUUCUGCAAAUUUUUCUGAAUGACGUGACCCUCGGCAGUGAUUGUACCCCCUCCCUCCCUCUGCCCCUCCCCCUCGUCAACAUGUCAAGCCGCCACCACGCCAGGAAAUCAGGGCAGGGUCAGUGACACACCCCUCCCCUCUCGCCAGUCCAAUUGGGUUUGAUGCAAGAUGGCAGCCGGCGUGGCAACAUGGCUGCCAUUUGCACGGGCGGCAGCCGUGGGCUGGCUGCCCCUGGCCAAGAAGACCAUGCCCAAACCACCUGUGGACAACUCGUCCAGAUCGGACGAAAUCCUCUAUGUCAAUGUCAGCGGGGUACGCUUUCAGACAUGGAAGAACACACUGGACCGUUAUCCCGACACCCUGCUAGGCUCCUCGGAAAAGGAGUUUUUCUACAACGACGACACUCAGGAGUACUUCUUCGACAGGGACCCCGAAAUGUUCCGCCACAUCCUCAACUUUUAUCGCACCGGGAAGCUGCACUAUCCACGACACGAGUGCAUCCAGGCCUUCGACGAGGAGUUGGCCUUUUACGGCAUCGUGCCGGAAAUCAUCGGCGACUGCUGCAUGGAGGAAUAUCGAGACCGGAAAAAAGAGAACCAGGAGCGCCUGGCUGAGGACACGGAAGCUAACGAAGCAAUGGACGCACCCUUGCCCCCACACAGUACCCCCAGAGAGCGCUUGUGGCGAGCCUUCGAGAAUCCGCACACAUCCACCAUGGCGCUGGUCUUCUACUAUGUAACAGGCUUCUUCAUCGCCGUGUCGGUUAUUGCCAACGUUGUAGAAACAGUCCCCUGCCGGCCCCCCAAGGGGAAAGUCAAGGACCUCCCUUGCGGUGAGAAGUACCAACUGGCCUUCUUCUGCAUGGACACAGCUUGCGUGCUCAUCUUCACCUUCGAAUAUCUGAUGCGUCUGUUCGCCGCGCCCAGUCGCUGCAAGUUCAUGCGCUCAGUCAUGUCGGUCAUUGACGUGGUGGCCAUCAUGCCCUACUACAUUGGACUGGUCAUGCCCGAGAAUGAGGACGUGAGCGGCGCCUUUGUGACGCUGAGGGUCUUCCGCGUCUUCCGGAUCUUCAAGUUCUCGCGACACUCGCAAGGUCUGAGGAUUUUGGGCUACACACUCAAGAGCUGCGCUUCGGAGCUGGGCUUCCUGCUCUUCUCGCUCACCAUGGCCAUCAUCAUCUUCGCUACCGUUAUGUUCUAUGCUGAGAAGGGGACCAAAGGCUCCACCUUCACAUCCAUCCCGGCCUCCUUUUGGUACACCAUUGUCACCAUGACCACACUGGGGUACGGCGACAUGGUUCCCAACACAAUUGCCGGGAAGAUUUUCGGAUCCAUCUGCUCGCUGAGUGGCGUGCUGGUCAUCGCCCUCCCCGUGCCAGUCAUUGUGUCCAACUUCAGUCGGAUCUACCAUCAGAACCAGCGUGCAGACAAGAUGCGAGCGCAGCAGAAAGUGCGUUUAGCCCGAAUCCGUAUGGCGAAGAAAGGAACUACUAAUGCCUUCCUACAGUACAAAGAAGACCGAGCCCUUGGGGACCGGGACAGUGACAGCAGCGCUCUAUGCGUAAGGAACAAGUCAGCAUUCGAGCAUCAACAUCAUCACCUUCUUCACUGUUUGGAGAAGACUACGAACCAUGAGUUCACGGACGAACUGAACUACAGCGAGCUGUGCAUCACCGAAUCGGUUGGCUUCCGGACUAGCCGCAGCACCUCCCUGUCCAGCCAACAGGGGGCACCCAACCACUCCACAGGCUGCUGCCCUCGCCGCGUCCGGAGAAGAGCGGCCAUGAGGCUGGCCAACUCCACCGUGUCCGUGAGCCGCGGCAGUGUGCAGGAGCUGGACACGCUCCAUGGAAAGGGAACGCCUGGCCCACCCCAGACUCGUUCCAGCCUCAACGCUCAGAUCAACCUCAAGCUGAACUGCGGCGAGCAAGACUUCAGCGCUGCCAUCAUUAGCAUCCCCACGCCCCCCGCAAACACGCCAGAUGAGAGCCUGCCCCCCUCGCCUGCCGCCAUCCCAGGGGGAAUCCUGCGCAACACGCGCGCCACCGCCUACACCUCUGACACCAUCAAGAUCUCGUCCUUGUAACCUUUACCAGGGCCUGAUUCAUCCACCCCUUGCCUGACUGAAUGCCUAUCGCUGCUGACAGUCUGCAGCCGGCAGACGAUUGUGGGUAGAUGACAUAAAAACAUGCACUCUGUUCUUCCCAGGUUUGUCCUCAGCUGAUGAUGAAAGUGGACAUCCAAAUAUGCAAAGCGGGAAAUAAUCAUGAAUAAUCAACAAUAGGAUGACAUAUUUGUGUUUUGCGUGUUUGACGUUACCAAAUCUAGUUAAAAAAUGAAGAAAUACAAGGUCAGCUUUCUUCCAUCGAACAACAAUAAGAUUAAGCUUACAUGAGCGUAAUUAAAAUAAGUCAACAGACAAAAACAACAUAUCUAAAUAAAAAUGCGAUGGGUAGCAAGUUGGUUAAAUUUCUUAUUCAUUUGCAGCAAGGUUGUCCCUUGGCAAGCAUGUUUGCUUUUUAGUUGAUGGGUUCGUUGUUCGAAAAUUGGCGCCCACCCUCCUGGUGCAGUUUAAAGUUUGUUGCUGUGUUUGCGCACAUUUUUCUUCCACAUCUCCCCUAAAAUGUUUGUGUUAUCUUUAUUAAAGAAAUAAUCCAUAGGUGGAAUGUGAGUGGGAACGCCUGCUUGUCUGUUUAGCUGUAUGCUCUGUCUGACUGGCAACCAGGUCGUUGUUUAUCUACCGUAGAGUGUAUCACAAAAGUGAGUACACCCCUCGCAUUUCUGCAGAUAUUUAAGUACAGUAUAUCUUUUCAUGGGACUAC